AUGCGGUUGCCCUGUCGUUCGACCGCUGUCAUCUGUGACAUCUUGCUGCUGCUGUCCGCGUCACGACUCGCUGCUGCUGCUGCUGCUGCUGCUACUGCUGACGAUGCCGCUGCCACCAAGCCACCGGCUGCUCCUCUCUGGAUCCAGCCUUCUGGAGAAUGGUAUGGUAUCGACGGCACAUGGUCCAAUUUUAUGUUUGUGAUAGGCUCGCCCGCCGAGAUUGUCUACCUCACGCCAUCGACGGCCUUGUCGGAAAUCUGGACGAUAUCUAGCGGUGGCUGUCAUCCGGUUCAAAUCUGCAUCAAUGCUCGGGGUGGUGUCUUCAACUCCUCGCUGUCGGAAUCAUGGCAGCCAUUGGGGGCUUGGAAGCUGGGCAUGAACCACACGGGAAUGGGGGGGAAUGGUGAUUAUGGAUUGGAAACCUUGGGGUUCGUCAACACGUUGACUUCGGUGUCGACGCUCCUCGAGAACACAUUGGUGGCCGCCAUCAACGACACGCAGUAUUACAGCGGGUUUAUUGGGCUUGGUGUCACGCCUGGGAAGUUCGGCUCCAAUGUCUCAACUCCUUUUAUCCCUCAGCUUGCCCAGGUGUAUGGCGCUAUUCCCAGUCAUAGUUAUGGGUACACCGCCGGCGCCUACUACCGAGAGAAUGGCAAGAAGGGUAGUGGCACAGUUGCCUCUCUGGUUCUGGGGGGGUACGAUAGGCUUCGAUUCGUCCCUCACGGCAACAACUUUGCCCUCGAUCCGAUCACGCGACUUCCUCUUGUUCGCCUGCGUGGUGUGACGGCGCAAAUCACAGACGAGGACAAGGCCCCGGCUGCUAAUUGGACAUCAACAAGUCGGACGUUGGUCAAUAUGGAUGAUUCCAUCGAGGCUUUCAUCGACUCUUCCACACCGUACCUGUGGCUGCCGACCGAAGUAUGCGACCGUUUUGCUGAUGCUCUCAAUCUAACAUGGAGGGAGGAUCUCGGGUUGUACACUUUUGCAGGCGGAGGGGAACAGUACACGCGCUUUCAAAACGACGAGUCUUUGUCCUUCACCUUCACCCUUUCGAGCUUUGACAACACCGACAACUUUGGGCAACCGUUUAAUGUUCCGGGCGUGGUCAACAUCACGAUUCCGUCGGCGGCGUUUGCGCAGUUAUUACGUUACCCUUUCAGAAACGUCAUUCAAUGGGGCGAAUCGAGCAUUCCGUAUUUCCCGCUGAAGCGUUCGACUACCGAGGUCAACAAUAAUACCUAUAUCAUUGGUCGGGCGUUUAUGCAGGAGGCAUACAUCAUUACUACUUACGAUAAGAGCAUGUUCUCGCUUCACCAGGCGUUGUUUCCCGAGGCGGCCUCGAGCAAUUACUCACUUGAAGCCAUCGCAAGGCCACCGGAUAGCCCGUACCCGGAAUUCACAAGCGCACCUGCGCCGACUGGGACGAAUAACAGACUGGGGACUGGCCAGACGGUUGGUAUCGUGUUCAGCGCCUUCAUCACAGGAAGUAUUUUGGGGGGUCUGAUAUGGUUUUGCUGCCGUCGGAAAAAGUCAAAGCAAAAAUCUCAAAAUUCCGAGACAGACGAGGACAAACGCGAGGCUCACGUCACAGAAGAGGAGGAGCCACAGAGUCCAGUCAAGAAGGUGUUUUCGUUGAUCAUCAGGAGGAAGAGAUCAAGGAAACCAGAAAUUCACGAAGUGCACAACAACAGCACCCAACCCGUCGAGGUUGGGGCAGACGGAGAAAACCAGGUGUACGAAAUGCCUGUACCGCCAGAACCGGUUGAACUGGACAGCCAUGAUCUUGGGGAUGACGAGACCGACGUUGGGGUAGAUAGUGCCCAGGGAAUGAGCGAAUAUGAGCUCACUCAGCGGAAACUGGAAAGGCAGAUGAGGGGGCCGGUGCCGACUUAUACACCCACGUCAACAACGCACAUGACGAUACCGACGGGGGUGAUGCAGCAAGAAAAGUCCAUGCAGGACAUGAGCCGAGUUGCUCAUUACCGACCGCCAGAUACGCCCUCGCCGGCGUCGUCGCCGACGUAUGCGAAUAGCGACUCGUUUCCGAAUUCGUUGCCGUCACCGAUGACGCCGCAUGGGGACUGGGCGGGGAGGAUGUUUGAUUUGCCUUCUCCUAUGACGGUUGCCCCGCCGCCGUUGCAUUUAUAUCCCCCUUCCCAGCAACACCACCACCACCACAUCAGGACUUCGGACCCUGCUGGCUCGAGUUAUUCACCUGUUUCCCCGACCUCGGCUCAGACUUUUGCCCCUUCGUCGGUGUCGAUGAUGAGGUUACCGCCGCCGUCGUUUCAAAGAACACCGAUUAACAACUCCCAGAUUGUCUGUUUGGGACCGUUGCCGGAACAUAUCGAGCUGCCUACUCAACGUCCACCCCAACCACCGACGCCGACUACUAGAGUUUUUGACUCGAACGGGCAGCCGGUCGAUGGAGGGGUGUCGCCUGUGUCGCCGACUUCUCCUUUGCCGCUUCCGCCGGGGAGGUUAGGGGGAGGGCAUUAUCGCUCUGAGAAUAAUGGGAGUAGUGAGACGUUGGGGAGUAAUUUUACCGAGGAGGAGGCGGGGGAGAUGAUUUUGGGGAGGGGGGGGAAUACGAAACAACCAACACAAGGGGAGCAGCAGCAGAGAAGGAGAUUGGGACAGGUGCCUCAGAGGAUAAAUCUGUUGCAGCCGCCGAGGGGAGGGAGAGGGGGGGAGCAAGAGGAGGAUGAUGACAAUGACAUGCCGAAUAGUCCGCAGAGCAUGGAGCGGAUAGAGGGACGGGAUGGGUUGAUUCAUGUGCCGCAGGUGGCGGAUAAGAGGUAUAGUUGGGAGGAGGGGAGUGGGUGA